UUUUUGGGCCAAAACUCCUUCUUUUUUUUUUCCACAAACCUCCUCUUCUUCUUCUCCAUUUCCGCAACAAUUGCUUAGCUUCUUCUACUUCCAUGGUAGUCUCAUUUCCCCACAACUGCUCCACGGCACCUCGCCUCCCCCACCUCCCUCUCUUCAUCACCCCACACCACCCCCUCUCCCGAGCCCAUCCUCGACCUCGACCUCGACCUCGACCUUACUCCCCUAGAAGCCUCGCUCCGAUCGUCGCCGCGUCCUCCUCCUCGCCGAACCCUCCGGAGUGGCUCCGAACCCCAUUCCCCGGCGGGUUCAAGCGCCCGGAGAUCACCGUCCCCACCCUGGUGCUGCGCGUGGGCGUCGAGGAGGUGCUGCUGGGGGAGGAGAGCGCCGCCGCGAUCAACGUCGCCGUGUCGAGGGGCGGCGCGGGAAUUGUGGUGCUGGAUGGGGGCGUGGGAAGCGCGGGGGGCGGUAGGGUUUAUGAGGCGGCCCGGGUUUUGAGAUCGCUGAUCGGCGACCGAGCCUAUCUUCUCGUUGCCGAGCGCGUGGACGUCGCUUCGGCGUCCGGAGCCGACGGGAUCGUGCUAUCCGAUGAUGGUAUUCCUGCUAUUGUUGCAAGAAAAAUGAUGAUGAAUUCUAAGCCUGAUUCUAUAUAUCUCCCUCUUGUUGCAAGAGUGGUACAAACUACUGAUGCCGCCACAAAUGCUUCUGCUUCCGAGGGUGCCGAUUUUCUUAUAAUAAGUACCAAUAUUCACAAUUUCUCUAGAAUUUUAGAAAACUUUGUUACUCGGGACAUCAGGGUUCCAAUAUUCUUCAACAUAGUUGACUUAGUAGAAGACGAAUCACCUUCCGAUGUUACAUCCAUGUUGCUCCAAUCAGGUGCCUGUGGGGUUGUCGUGUCCUUGGCUGAUAUGAAACUUCUCGGUGAUGAUCCUUUAGUGAAGGUAUUUUCUAAAGUGCAUGUGUCUGAUAGAAUUUUGCGAGGUGGACGGUCCUUUUCUAAAAAGUUGGAUGUGGAUGAUAUCAGAGUUGUAAGUAAUGGGAAGAAAGGAAUUACAGGAUUCACGAAACUAGAGGAAAAGGAGAUGCAGUUGAUAGAAACAGAACGACUUCUUUUAAGUGAAGCAGUUGCUGUCAUCAAAAAAGCUGCGCCAAUGAUGAAGGAAGUUUCGCUUCUGGUGGAUGCUGCUUCUCGCCUCACUGAGCCAUUUCUGUUGGUUAUUGUGGGUGAAUUCAACUCUGGAAAAUCAACUGUUAUAAAUGCUUUACUUGGAAGGAGCUACCUGAAGGAGGGAGUAGUUCCUACAACAAAUGAGAUCACUUUGCUCUCAUAUUCUGAAGUUGACUCUAAUCAGCAAGAACGCUGUGAGAGACACCCAGAUGGUCAAUUUAUAUGCUAUAUAUCCGCGCCAAUACUGAAGGAAAUGAACCUGGUCGACACCCCAGGAACAAAUGUUAUUCUGCAGAGGCAACAACGGCUUACAGAAGAAUUUGUUCCUCGUGCUGAUUUGAUACUUUUUGUACUAUCAUCAGAUAGACCAUUGACAGAAAGUGAGGUUGCAUUUCUCCUUUAUGUGCAGCAGUGGAAGAAGAAAGUUGUGUUUGUUCUAAACAAGAUGGAUCUCUAUCGGAAUGACAGUGAGCUCGAGGAAGCGAUUGAAUUUGUGAAAGAAAACACAAAGAAGCUACUUAAUGCAGAAGAUGUAAGGUUGUUUCCUGUCUCUGCACGGUUUGCCCUAGAAGCAAAACUUUCUUCAAUUCAUGAUGGUAUUAGCCAUGAACAUGUUCAAUUAGAUGAUCCUCGAUGGACGAGUAGUAGGUUCUAUGAGCUGGAGAAGUUCUUGUUCAGCUUUUUGGAUGCAUCAACUGAUGCUGGAAAGGAAAGGGUCCUCCUGAAACUUGAAACACCAAUUCGAAUUGCAGAUCGUUUGCUAACUUCUUGUGAAAGUUUUAUAAAGCAAGAGUAUGAAAAUGCUAGCCAGGACUUGGUAUCAAUAAACAAUAUCAUUUCUUGUGCAAAAGAGUAUGCUGCGAAGAUGGAAACUGAGAGCAAUUCUUGGAGGAAGCAGAUUUUAUCUCUUAUUGAGACAGCAAAACUUCGAGCAAUAAAGCUAAUGGAGUCCACUCUCCAAUUGUCAAAUAUUGACCUUAUUUCUACAUAUGCAUUUAAGCAAGAAAAGACCAACUCCAUCCCAUCCACUGCAGCUAUUCAAAAUGAAAUUCUUGGUCCUGCUCUUUCCGAUGCUCAAAAACUGCUUUCUGAGUAUUCGAGCUGGCUAGAGUCCAGCUAUGUUUGUGAGGCGAAUUUCUAUGCAGAGCUAUUCAAUAAACGGUGGAAUACGCCUGUUGAUGUGAAAGACAAAGCGCAACCAGAUACAUGCGUACUUGUUAGUAAGGGAGGAGAACUCAGCACGAAGGUGUUGGAAGGCUUUAGUGCUAGUGCUGCUGCAAGGGUUUUUGAACAAGAAAUUCGUGAAGUGGUUGUGGGAACUUUUGGAGGGCUGGGAGCAGCAGGACUAUCCGCUUCUCUUCUAACAUCUGUUUUACCAACAACUGUAGAAGAUCUUCUUGCUCUUGCUUUUUGCUCAGCUGGCGGGUUGUUGGCGAUAUCUAACUUUCCUAGUCGUCGAAAGGACGCAGUAGAGAAAGUCGCGAAGCUGGCCAAUUCCCUAGCUUCUGAGGUUGAAAAUGCUAUGAAAAGGGAUCUCUUAAACAGCUCUGAAAAGCUAUCUCAGUUUGUCGAGGUCAGCAGCAAGCCCUACCGGGAUGCCGCAGAGAAGAGAAUAGAUCGGUUGCAGGAAAUUCAAGGCGAGUUAUCGAGCAUCCAGCAAAAGCUCCAAGCUCUGAAAGUCGAAAUACAGAAUCUUCUUGUUUUGUGAGCCUGUAUGUUGGAAACCAUCAUGUUAUUCAUUUAGUUUUGUUUUGUAUUUUUUUCUUCUUUUUUUGAUUCUCCAAGAUUUAUUCAUAUGUUUGAUGGUACGCACUUACCCACCCGUGACAUUGUCUUGCUUUUCCUGGCAUGUUGAGAUGUAUAUUCUUGUGUAAUUAUUUACCCGGGAAUCUGGUGGAGCCCUACUAGUAAAUUAUUUUUUGUUAAAAUGCUAAAAUGUAGAAAACUUACUCUCAA